CAAGCUGGAACGCGCAUGCUCAGUCUAGCUAAGUGUACAGCUUUCAUACCGACUUCAGUUUACAACGACUCAUUCCGUUAUAAACACUACCGAGUGGAUACGAAGUACCCUACUGCAAAAGGAUUUUCGCUACAGGUAUAUGUAGGCCUAACGACUGCAUUUAAUCGACUCUUCGGUCGCAGCAUGGCCUCUGAAUCCGUUACGCGCUUUGAUUUUCUGGUGAUUGGCGGAGGAUCCGGAGGGCUGGCCGGUGCGCGCCGGGCGGCUGAACUCGGUGCCACUGCUGCCGUCAUCGAAAGUCACAAACUCGGAGGUACCUGCGUGAAUGUUGGUUGUGUUCCAAAAAAGGUAAUGUGGAACACAUCCACCCAUGCAGAGUAUCUCCAUGAUCAUGAAGACUAUGGGUUUGAGGGGGCAAAAGCACAUUUCAACUGGCAGCUCAUUAAACGCAAAAGGGAUGCUUACGUUAGUCGCCUAAAUCAGAUUUACCGGAACAACCUUGACAAGGCCAAAAUUGAGUCCAUUCAUGGCUAUGCAAGGUUCACAGAUGAUCCUGAACCUACUGUUGAAGUCAAUGGAAAAAAAUACACGGCUCCUCAUAUCUUAAUCGCCACUGGUGGCCACCCGUCCACUGUCAGUGAGAAUGAUGUUCCAGGAGCCAGUUUAGGCAUUACCAGUGAUGGAUUCUUUGAACUUGAGUCUUGCCCUAAACGUAGUGUGAUAGUUGGGGCAGGAUAUAUUGCUGUGGAGAUGGCUGGUAUCCUUUCCACUCUGGGGUCUAAAACAUCCAUCAUCAUACGGCAAGGAGGGGUACUGAGGAACUUCGAUGCCUUGAUAAGCUCAAAUUGCACAAAAGAAUUGCAAAAUCAUGGUAUUGAUUUACGGAAAAAUUCUCAGGUGAGGUCAGUGAAGAAAACUGACCAAGGCCUUUCUGUUACGCUGGUGACAAAAGAUCCUGACGACAAAGAUGCACAGGAGAAGUAUGAUACCAUCCAUGAGGUGGACUGUCUGCUCUGGGCUAUUGGCAGGGAACCCAACACCGCUGGCCUCAAUCUCAGAUCAAUAGGUGUGAAGCUUGAUGAAAGGGAACAAAUCGUGGUGGAUGAGUUCCAGAACACCACUCGUGCAGGUGUCUAUGCAGUUGGGGAUGUUUGUGGGAGAGCUCUUCUUACACCUGUUGCUAUUGCUGCUGGCAGAAAGCUUGCUCACCGGCUGUUUGAGGGCAAAGCAGACUCCAAAAUCAGUUAUGAUAAUAUCCCUACUGUUGUGUUCAGCCACCCACCUAUUGGCACAGUGGGACUAACUGAAGAUGAAGCAAUCAAGACCUGGGGAAAGGACAAUGUGAAGGUUUAUACCACUUCUUUCACCCCCAUGUAUUAUGCCAUCACCACUCGAAAGAGUCAGUGCAUCAUGAAGUUGGUGUGUGCUGGCAAAAAUGAGAAGGUGGUUGGUCUCCACAUGCAGGGUUUUGGCUGUGAUGAGAUGCUUCAGGGUUUUGCUGUGGCCGUUAACAUGGGAGCUACUAAAGAAGACUUUGACAGAACCAUUGCCAUCCACCCAACGUCCUCAGAGGAGCUAGUAACUCUGCGCUAAUCGAGUGUUCGUAUUUCAAGAUGAAGCUUUGUUCCAAUCUAAACAAUAAAAAAAAAUCUAUUUCUUUGACUAUUCUCCCAACAUUAGUAUUUUGUAAUGACAAGAAGCAUAUAUUUGGUUUGUUUUAUCUCUGGGGUCAUGUAUUAUCACCAGUGAUUAAGAAAGACACAAUACUACCGUUCAUCAGGCUGUGUCUCUUGUACAUUACAUUGUUGUACCCCAUCACCCCGGUAUUAUUGUUUGAUUGGAACAGGGUCAGAUGAAGACUUGAAGCUAAAAGUGAAAUUAAAUCUGUUUAUAGUCAAACACUGUCGCUUAACCUUUACAUUUUUAAAGGUUGCUUGGAUUCAGAGAGUUGAUUUCAGUUGUAGAGGGUAGUAGGUAGGGCUUACUUAAUAUAUGUAAAAUAAAAUUGUGGAUAUGCACAGUUCAGCACUUGGGCAUACACCCAUAAAUACAUUUACAAAACAAA